AUGGACCAAACCCACACACGAGCCUUAGACGCUCUCCAACCAUUCAUCCAUCUGGCUCGCUCCACCAGUGCAAGCUCACCUCGCUUUGUCACAAACUUGAUUACAAACGCUACCUCAAGUCCGCAAACCUAUGUUUUCGCAGAACUGCUGGAGCUACCGAAUGUCCAAGCAUUACGGUCACCAGAUACACCAACCGAGUUCAAGGGCUAUCUAAAGCUACUAGAGAUCUUCGCAUGGGGAACAUGGCAAGAAUAUGAAGGUAAGAAGAUAUAUCCAGCUCAUCUAAACCAUUCCGAUCCCAAGCCAUUCAACUCAGUCCCCCCCGAUGAACCAACCUCCCAAAAUACCAUAACCCAAGCUAACCCAACACCCCGCACCAGCAACCCCCGGGCUCCCCACGCUGAACACCGAACAAACCCUCAAACUCCGCCUCCUCUCUCUCCUCACCCUCUCAACAACAAUCAAACCCCUCACCUACAGCGCCCUGAUGACCGCCCUCAGCAUCCCCACAAAAGCCGAGCUCGAAUCCCUCGUGACAACAGCCAUCUACGCCUCCCUGAUCACAGCCCGCCUCUCACCAGCAUCCAACCCCCCUCCGUUAACGUGACAGCCGUAGCUCCCCUCCGCGACGUCCAGCCCCAGUCCCUACCCAAUAUGAUCGCCAGCCUGACCGAGUGGGAGUCGCGCUGCAGCGAUGUCGCCUCCGAUCUGGAGGCAGAGAUUGCGCGCAUCAAGAGCAAUGCCGCGAAGAACGCUGCGCGCGAGCAGGCGCACAAUGAGGCUGUCGCGGAUGCUCUGAGCAAAAAGGCUAGUGCGGGGGCGAAGAAGAAUACUCGACGCGGUGGUCGGCUUGGCUCCGGGAUUGGCGGCAGUAAGAGGGACGCGAAUGAUAUUGAUCAGGAUGAUGGGUUCUUUGACCAUGAUGGCGAAGGAUCCCGCAUGGAAAUUGAUGAGGGCCCCGGCGCUCGCGCGGGAAAUAGUCGGCAACCGAAGCGGGUGUUGGGGCGGAAAUCCUGA